CAGGUAAAGAAGAGGCUAUGGGAGAUGGUCAAAUGUCCGAUUUGAAGCCAUUCUCGGUGAAGGAUGAGGUUGCCCUCACAAGGAAGAGGGAGAAUACUGACCAGAUGAACCUAGAAAACCGGAAGAAACAGAAAGUGAAGGAGCCAAACCAAAAACAUCAGGGAAGAUGUGGGAAAGACCAGCAGUGCCUGAAGGAAGAAAGUACAUUCUCCAUUUCAGAAGAUAUCAGAUCUGCACAGACCGCCAAGCCUGUGAAGACGCAUAACAGUGAAAAGCUUUGCAAGGAAAAAGGCCAGGUUCCGAGGCUACAAGGCCCUGGGGACGAGAGGAAGAUGGCCCUUGGUGAUCUCCAGGUGUCCUCUGAGGAUGGGGCACUGCAGGCUGUGCCCAGCGGCCAGGAUGGUGGGAAGGCUGUGUGGCCCAGCACCCUGGGAGAGGGAGACAAGGAGCAAGUGGGCGCAAGCCAGGGAAAGGAUGGGGUGAAAGUGAAAAGCAAACAGAAAAAAAAAAAGGAGAACAUAUCGGAAGAGCAAAGGCGGGAAGGGCUUAAGGAGAAAGGUGCUGGGAGACAGACCAAGGCUUCGAAGCUGGAGGAGGGCAGCGGGGACUGGAGGGGUGCAUGUGGCCACAGAAGGAGGGCGCCUGCGGAGAGGGGGCGCGGGUCCAGCAGGGAGGCGGUGCAUGGAGGCGAUGGGGACGCGGGAGCCGAGAGCCGCAGGGAAGAUGCCGAGAGCCGCAGGGAAGACGCGCAGACGGAGGCGGAGGGAACGUCCACGACGGAGCAGCUAGCCUACACCGAAAAGGUGGGAGAGUUGGUGGGGAGGAAGCAGCUACGAGGGAAUAUCGAGGAGGGGAAAGACAUGUGGGCUGGAGAAACUAAGAAAGAAGAAAAUGAAAAAUGUGAUGCUGGUAACGAGUCCGCAUCAGAGACUGUGGUUUCCAGAAAAGUCAAAAAAAGGAAGAAGGACAACGUGGGCGGAGCAGGGGCUCCGGAAGCAAAGGAACAGAGACAAGGGGAUGGGGAGCUGGGGAGGGAUGGGCGCGCGGAGAGGGCCAUCAGGUGUGGACUGGGCCACCCCGGGAAGGACGUACGGUGGGAGAAGCGACGGAGAGAGGAGAUAAGUCGGUGUGGCCUGGAGCAGGGCAGAGGCCAAGAGGAGGAGCCGGUCGGUGCAACGUCCCGAGGGAGAGACAGGAAAAGGGACCACGAGGCCACCAAAGGGCCGGAGGAGGAGGGAGAAGGCAGGUGGAGAUGGUGGGAAGAGGAGAAGGAGAGCCCAGGUGGCGUGAAGUGGACGCAGCUGGAGCACAGAGGCCCAUGGUUCGCACCCCCGUAUGAGCCGCUUCCUGAGGGAGUUUGCUUCUACUACGAUGGGAAGCCCAUGGAGUUGAGCUUAGCAGCUGAGGAGGUUGCCACGUUUUAUGGGAAAAUGCUGGAUCACGAAUAUACAACAAAAGAAGUUUUCCAAAACAACUUCUUUAGCGACUGGCGGAAGGAAAUGACAGCAGAAGAGAGGGAAGUAAUCAAGCACCUGGACAAGUGUGACUUCACGGAAAUCCACAGAUACUUUGUGGACAAGACCGCCGCCCGGAAGGCCCUGCCCAAGGAGGGGAAGCAGAAGCUCAAAGAAGAGGCGAAAAAACUUCAGCAAGAGUUUGGCUACUGUAUCUUAGACGGGCACCGAGAGAAGGUCGGCAAUUUCAAGACCGAGCCCCCUGGGUUGUUCCGGGGCCGCGGCGACCACCCCAAGAUGGGGAUGCUGAAGAGGAGGGUCCUGCCGGAGGACGUGACCAUCAACUGCGGCAGGGACUCCGAAGUACCCGAGCCUCCGGUAGGUCACCGGUGGAAGGAGGUGCGGUGCGACCGCACGGUCACGUGGCUGGCGGCGUGGACAGAGAACGUGCAGAACUCCGUCAAGUACAUCAUGUUGAACCCCAGCUCCAAGCUGAAGGGGGAGAGAGACCGGGAGAAGUAUGAAGUGGCUCGGCGCUUGAAAGGAGUUGUGGGCGAGAUCCGUUCUCAGUACCGGGCCGACUGGAAGUCCCAAGAAAUGAAGGCGAGACAACGCGCCGUGGCCCUUUAUUUCAUUGACAAGCUGGCGCUGCGAGCCGGGCAUGAGAAGGAGGAGGGCGAGACGGCUGACACGGUGGGCUGCUGCUCCCUGCGCGUGGAACACGUCCAGCUGCACCCAGAGGCCGAUGGCUGCCCGUACGUCGUGGAAUUCGACUUCCUGGGAAAGGACUCGAUCCGCUACUACAACAAAGUGCCGGUGGAGAAGCUGGUGUACGAGAAUCUGCAGAUGUUCAUGGAGAACAAAGGCCCUGGGGAUGAUCUUUUUGACAGACUGACCACCGCCAGUCUGAACAAGCACCUGCAGGACCUGAUGGAUGGCCUGACGGCCAAGGUGUUCCGGACCUGCAACGCCAGCCUCACCCUGCAGGGCCAGCUGAGAGCGCUGACCAGAGCUGAAGACAGCGUCGCCGCUAAGAUUCUGUCUUACAACCGAGCAAAUCGGGCCGUUGCCGUUCUCUGCAACCAUCAGCGGGCGACUCCCAAGACCUUCGAGAAGUCGAUGCAGACGCUUCGGUCGAAGAUUGAGGCGAAGAAGAAGCAGGUGGCCGAGGCCAAGGCAGAGCUGAAGAAGGCAAGGGCCGAGCACAAAUGCAGAGGGGACGGCAGGUCCAAGAGCUUCCUGGAGAAGAGGGGACGGCUGCUGGAGAGACUGGAGGAGCAGCUCGGGAGACUGAGCACGCAGGCCACAGACAAAGAGGAGAGCAAGCAGGUGGCCCUGGGCACGUCCAAGCUCAACUACCUGGACCCCCGGAUCAGUGUUGCCUGGUGUAAGAGGUUUGGGGUGCCCGUGGAGAAGAUCUACAACAAGACACAGAGGGAGAAGUUCGCCUGGGCUCUCGACAUGGCAGGCGAAGACUUUGAAUUCUGAAUGAACGUCUCUGUGCCUCGUCGGAACUUAUUUUUUUUCACCAUUAAAGCAGAUUGGGGAAUUUUGUACAAAGUAGUGUCUUUUGUGUCAUCACACAGAAGGUGGCUGAUGCCCGGCCAGGUGCUUUCAAGUGUCCCCUCCCCCAUCAGGUGUCCCCUGGCCUGGCUGGGAGCUGGCGUGGCUGCGUGCCUGGUCCCAGGCCCUGACUUGGGGAGGGCCCGACUGUCCCGUGAGAGGCCUAUGCCUCCCCACUCCCAAACUCUGCCCCAGCACCAGGCAGGGACCCCCUCAGAGACGCUGCACCUGUUACCUCAACAGAUGGGACGGCGGGGCCCUGAGUGCCCAUUGAGCCUGUCUCUCCCUGGUGGGCGGGCGGAGUCCACGUGUCCCCGAGAGAGCAGCUGGCAGCACGUGGGGCUGUCCUGAGUUCCAGGCCAGCAGGAGCUGUGGUGUCUGUGCCCUCAGGCCACCUGGUGCGGCGCACAGGCCCUCAGGCUGGUUUCGGAGUCACAGGGAAAGAUCUCGGGUGGGUAUGUGGCACCCAGUGGCCAGGGACAUAUGGGCGUGGCUGAGGAUGGAUGGGAGCGUCACUGAUGUGGGGUGGGAGGGACAUCCCUGCC